CGCUAACUUACGUGCGCUUAAAAAUGCAUGUGUUGAUAAUGGCGAACAGUAUCGAAGUUAUUUUUGUUUUAGGAUACAAAAUAUUCUGAAAAGUGUGAAAUGUUCAGAGAAAUGACACAGGUGCCAUGUCGCCAAUUAACGGAUCACUUCCCGACGGCAGUGCUUCAGAUCAGUCCUUCAGAUCAGCUCGCAUUGCCGUUCAAGUAGUAAAUAGGAACGCGAAGAUAAGUGAGAGUUUGAUAAGAUAAGGACCAACGAUCGGGCAGAGGCAGAGCAAGCAGAGUAAGACGUCGCUUCGCAUACCAAACUCCCGUGCUAGGGAGGAUGCUGGUCGUGAUUUUGGCGACGGCUGUUAUGAGCGGCUUCUGUCUCGCUACGUCCGACGGCACAGGCUGUCCCGUGAGCUUCCGCGGGAAGUGCCACUGUGGCCUGGCUUAUUCGCGCUUCGACAGCUUUAAAAGCAAAAGAUACACCGUCAACUGCACAAACACGGGAUUCUCGACGACGGAAAUGCUGCAUGAAUUGCCGGAAGAAGCGGAGGUGCUCAUCUUCACCGGAAUUUAUGUGCCAGAAACUGCAUGCCAAUGUCCUGGACAACUUAAAGGACUAUGGUGACCGGGACGUCAUCGAUAUGUCGAAU